GCAUUGACGUUCAGAGCCAUCCCAGCCCUCACAAUGCAGUCCAGCAGCCUCUUCCUCCUCGUGCUUCUUGCCCUGGGCGCCCUGGUACCUUGGACUGUGGAGGGUGCUGCAGAGGGUGCUGCAAAUGCACUGAAAGCUGGAAACUGCCCUGCUGGAAGACCUGGCCGAUGCCUUAAUCCACCUCUGACCCCCCCGUGCCAGAGUGACUGGCAGUGUCCAGGGAGGCAGCUUUGUUGCUCUGAUGUUUGCGGAUUCACAUGCCUGGACCCCGUCAGCGUCUCCGACCCAACGAGGAGGAAGCCUGGUUCGUGUCCUCAGGUCAAUGGCCAGUGUCUGAUCCUGAGCCCCCGCAACUACUGUAACAUCGACGGUGACUGCGUGGGUGACUACAAGUGCUGUACAGGCCUGUGCGGGAAAUCCUGCGUGGAACCUGAAUUAGCCUGAUUCCUGCCAUUUGGAAGACGCUCUGGAUUCCUACUUUGUGUCCGGGACUUGGAUCACUGGGGCACCCCAUGGUGAAGGCUCGGUUCUACCCCCCAGAUCUCUUUUGGAGAAAGGAGUCCACACAGUGGGCUUUCAGGAAAUUGAUUGGUGAAUAAAUAAAUGAACGUA